UCUCCAAGCCAGCACCUUACUGGGAAGGAACAGCAGUCAUUAAUGGAGAGUUUAAGGAGUUGAAAUUAACAGAUUAUGAAGGAAAAUAUCUCGUCUUCUUCUUCUAUCCUCUUGACUUCACAUUUGUAUGUCCAACUGAGAUAAUCGCCUUCAGUGACAGAAUUGAAGAAUUCAGAGCAAUCAAUACCGAAGUAGUAGCAUGUUCUGUGGACUCAAAGUUCACUCACUUAGCAUGGAUUAAUACUCCUCGAAAACAAGGAGGACUUGGACCUAUGAAGAUUCCACUUCUUUCAGAUUUGACGCACCAAAUUUCAAAGGAUUACGGAGUAUAUCUGGAAGAUCAAGGGCAUACACUUAGAGGCCUUUUCAUUGUUGACGAUAAGAGAAUCCUUCGACAGAUCACGAUGAAUGACCUUCCUGUGGGGAGAUCAGUGGAUGAAACGCUUCGUUUAGUACAAGCAUUCCAAUACACAGACAAACACGGAGAAGUUUGCCCUGCUGGUUGGAAACCUGGCAGUGAAACAAUAAUUCCAGAUCCAGCUGGAAAACUGAAGUAUUUUGAUAAACUAAACUGAGGCUCGCUUCUGUUGAAUUACAUAGGUCACAUUCAACUUGGAUUUUUGCCAAUAAAAUUUCAUCAAUUUUG